CUGGUGCUUGCCAGGGGGUCAACCAAAUAGCCAGGGUCUUGGAGGUGGUGGCGUACAAUGUUUUGUGAUAAUUAAACGGUGCGAUUUAAAUAACCAACUAAACUGUUAAUUACAGUUUAAAAACCUUGGGACAAUAAUGAGUUACAUUGUUGUUGCUUUUUAGGGCAGUUGUCCAGUUAUGUGGCUGUAUACGGAGAUAAACAGCCAGGACGAUAAUGGCAUCAACCAAGGAUCCGGAUAAAGGAUCUAACAGGAUAAAAGCUCAAAUCAUGUCUAAUCCAACGGAACAUUCCUUCCCCAUGGACAUCGUGUCCGGGGGUGUCGCGGGAAGACUUCGUCAAUUGGAGAGUUUAUUCAUCAGUGGUCCGGUUCAAGGUGGAAAAAUAGGUCAUACAUUUUCAAUUGAAACGCUUAUUGAUGUUUUAUUGAUUCUCUAUGAUGAAUGCUGUAAUUCAUCGCUACGCCGUGAAAAAACAGUCUCAGACUUUAUUGAAUUCGUAAAACCGGUGGCUGCGUGUAUCAAAAGUUUACAACUAUGCCGGGAAGAUUUUGAAAUAAUAAAAGUAAUAGGCCGUGGAGCGUUUGGAGAAGUAUGUGUUGUAAAAAUGCGUGAAUCCGAUAAAGUAUUUGCUAUGAAGAUACUGAACAAAUGGGAGAUGUUGAAGCGCGCAGAGACGGCUUGCUUUAGAGAAGAACGAGACGUUUUGGUGUACGGCGAUCGUCGGUGGAUUACCAACCUUCACUACGCCUUUCAAGACGACAACAAUCUGUACUUGGUGAUGGAUUAUUACUGCGGUGGUGAUUUGCUCACUUUGCUUAGCAAAUUUGAGGACAGGUUGCCCGAAGAUAUGGCCCGGUUCUAUAUCGCUGAAAUGGUACUCGCUAUUGGAUCGAUACACGAUCUGCGUUACGUUCAUCGUGACAUUAAACCGGAUAAUGUUCUGCUGGAUGCUAAUGGGCAUAUUCGUUUAGCUGACUUUGGCUCUUGCCUCAGAUUGUUUGAGGACGGUACCGUUCAGAGCAACGUCGCUGUUGGCACACCCGAUUAUAUAUCACCGGAAAUUCUCAGGGCAAUGGAGGAUGGACAAGGCAGAUACGGGCCAGAGUGUGAUUGGUGGUCGUUGGGAGUUUGUAUGUACGAAAUGCUGUACGGCGAGACGCCGUUUUACGCAGAAUCUCUAGUCGAAACUUAUGGAAGAAUAAUGAACCAUAAGAAUUGUUUUGAUUUCCCAACGGAUGACACUUACGACGUGUCCGACGAAGCCAAGGAUCUGAUGAGAAAAUUGAUUUGCAGUUCGGAGUUUAGAUUGGGUCAAAAUGGAAUUGAGGAUUUCAAAAAACACCCGUGGUUCAACGGCGUUAACUGGGACACUCUUAGGGACAGUACAGCGCCUUACAUUCCUGAAGUAUCCUCGCCGACAGACACGUCAAACUUCGACGUCGACGACAACGACGUUCGUAGCUCGGACGCGGUGCCUCCGUCCGCUAACUCGGCUUUCUCGGCCCUGCACUUACCGUUCAUAGGGUUCAGUUUCACCCAGGGGAGCUGUAUAUCUGACCUGGGCUCGCUGACAGUGUUGCCCCCGCGAAAGGACAAGAGCAUCGAGGUCCUCGAGGAAGAAAACAGCCGGCUUUUGCAGUCGAUGGCGGAUCUGAAGAACCAAUUGGCAGUUGGAACAACUAUCACUACUCCGCCAACAGUAUCUCCGGACUCUAACACCGCGACGAGGAAGCUUCAAGACGAAAUAAAUACUCUGACAAAGCGUAAUUGCGAGCUCGAAUCACAAUUAAAGUCACUGGAAACGAAUAGCAGUGCUGCGCAGCGUGAUUUAAGGAGCAAAGAUAACGGUGGAGAUGUAGGCAAAAUACAGGAGCUUGAAAAAUUGAUUAGAGUAUUGCGUGCCGAGAAGGAGGAGGCUACAAAAGAAAAAUUGGAUACUCAGGAGAAAUUAAAGCUUCAGGAUAAGGAAUUGAAGGACGCGUUGACACAACGAAAGCUCGCCAUGGCCGAGUACACUGAGGUUACCGAUAAGUUAUCUGAGUUGAGACAGCAGAAGCAAAAAUUAUCCCGGCAAGUGCGCGAUAAGGAGGAAGAGUUGGAGGUCGUUAUGCAAAAAGUUGAUAGUCUAAGACACGACAUCCGGAAAGCGGAAAAAUUACGGCGUGAGCUGGAAAAUCGCGUUGAGGAAGCCAUGGCGGAAACCAGCAAAGAGAGGAAAUUACGGGAAAGAAGUGAGGAGUAUUGUAAACAGAUGCAAGAGGAAACGGAAAAAAUACGUCAACGGUCUGUUGGUAAUGACGCUAGUGCUAAUCAUGCGCUUGCUACGCAGGAAAUAAAUCGGCUUAAAUCCGAAGUCGAGCAGCUUGAAAUUCAAUACAACGAGAAUUUGAGUCAGCAGCAGAGUCGGUACAACACUGAGAUACGUAGCCUUCAAGAACAACUCCAUGAGGCCGAGAGCAGACGUGAGUUACUUGAACGCGAAGUUCAGGUAACAAAAGAUAAAUUGGAUGCCGCGAGACUUGAAAAUAUUACAGACAGCGAGGAGACGAUAAGUGAAUUAAGCAGACGUCAUGAAAGAGAGAAAAUAAUGCUCGCUGAGGAGAAUAAAAAACUAAUACUCGAGCUGAAUUCUAUGACUGACAGCGUUAAUAGGAUUCAGGGAGAGAGAAGACAGCUUGAAGAGGAGUACGAGGAGCUCAGAAACAAAAAGGAAGCCAUCGCCCAGUGGGAGGCACAGAUUACUGAAAUUAUUCAGUGGGUCUCGGAUGAAAAAGACGCGAGAGGAUAUUUGCAGGCUCUUGCUACCAAAAUGACCGAGGAACUCGAAUUCCUUAAACACUCUGGCGGCGUUGGUGGCGUCGGAAGCACUUCAACUAUGUCUGAUAAAAAUUGGAGGAACCGCAGAUCUCAAAAACUUGAUAAAAUGGAGUUAUUGAAUUUACAGAGCUCCCUUCAGAGCGAGAUUCAAGCCAAACAAGCUAUUUCUGAAGAGCUUACUAAAACGCGCUCGGAUCUCAUUGCUGCGCAAAAGGAAUUACGAGACUUUAGACAACGAAUGGAUUCAAUGUCACACGAAGUAAAGCGCAAAGAAAUGCAAAUCAAGGAGCUUCAAUCACGUGUUGAGACGAAUGAUGGUUCUGUUCUCCUCUCAACCACUGUACCGUCAAGCAAAUUGUCUCCGUCUCCGUCCACCAAGUCUGCGUCUACGUCUACGUCUAGCUCUCCAACAACAAUUACAACAACCAGUACAUCUUCUACUUCAACUUCAGCAAACAAGCACAUCAUCAGAACAAAACCCCAACGAAUCAUCGUACACCAGCCGUCAUCACCCUUACCAGUAAUACGUUCUCCCCGCAUCACAACAUGUCGCUUAUUAACUAGAUUUGCUACGGUCAACUCGAUCAUCAAUCGCAAUGCUGUCGCCAUCGUAUCGUCGCCUGUCUUGGAACGUCCUACAUCCCAAAUGUCGUACCUGGAACACUUUCUCAAGGAAACAGCUGGCAGUACACGUCACGGAAGUGUGGAUAGUGUUGAGGGUGAUAUUGAAGAUAACAGGGCUCCUAGUCUUACGAGCAGUAAAAGUAAUCUCUCUGAACUGAGUAUAGAUCCAACAUCACCGUUAUCUCACGAACUACUAAAUAAAUCGUCAGCUCAUAGCCAAGCAGCCUUACAACCAAAACCAAAAUCACAUCAAUUUUUAGUACGAACAUUUUCAGCCCCUACUAAAUGUAAUCACUGUACAUCGCUUAUGGUGGGCUUAACCAGACAGGGAGUAGUUUGUGAAGUAUGUGGUUUUGCUUGUCACAUGCCUUGUUGUGAUAAAGUACCAGCAAUGUGUCCUGUUCCACAUGAUAAAACCAAAAGACCGCUGGGAAUAGAUCCGACCCGCGGUAUCGGCACCGCUUACGAAGGCUACGUCAAAGUCCCCAAAAUGGGUGGUGUCAAGAAGGGGUGGAUCCGUCAAUUUGUGGUGGUGUGUGACUUUAAAUUAUUCCUGUAUGAUAUAUCGCCCGACAGGAAUGCUUUGCCGUCUGUCUACGUGUCCCAAGUACUGGAUAUGCGAGACUCCGAGUUUGGCGUCAGUUCUGUUCGUGAAUCAGAUGUCAUUCACGCGACUAAAAAAGACAUUCCAUGCAUAUUUAGGAUUACUACGUCUUUAUUGGAACCACCUGGACUUAGGAACCACACUCUGAUGCUCGCUGAUACCGAGAGCGAAAAAACAAAGUGGGUCGUUGCGUUGGGCGAGCUUCAUCGAAUUUUAAAAAAAAAUAAUCUUCCAAAUACAACGGUCUUCCGUGCGAAAGAAUUGUUGGACAACACAUUGGCGGUUGUUAAAAACGUGAUGUCAGGAGCGAUAAUAGAUCCUGAUCGUCUAGUCAUUGGUACCGAGGAGGGCCUAUUCUGUUUAGACUUAGAUCGUAGCGAGGUCGCUAAAGUUGGCGAGGGAAAGAAAAUAUAUUUACUCGAGUACAUUACCGAGGAACAAUUAAUCGUGGUGCUUAGUGGGAAGCAACGUCACGUAAGAUUAGUCCCAGUACGUGCGUUAGACGGUGAUGAAGUUGAAUGGAUUAAAGUCGCCGAAACCAAGGGAUGUAUUACCUUAACUACCGGUCUAGUGAGACGUAAUCCUCUUACCUAUUGUUUAUGCGUCGCUAUUAAGAAACAGAACGCUUCACAUGUUAUGAUUUACGAAAUAACGCGUACGAAAACUCGACAUAAACGAAUUCACGAAUUAAUGCUGCCUUGUCAUGCACAAACUUUACAAGUACUGUCAGAAGGCCGUCUUUGCGUUGGUUAUCCUUCAGGAUUUUCUAUUUAUAGUAUUUUAGGAGACCAUCAUCCUAUUUCAUUGGUCCAUCCAGAGAAUACUUUGCUCGGAUUUUUAACUUACAGUGCAGUCGAUGCAAUGCGUUGUAUAGAAUUACCACGCAGUGAAUUUUUAUUGGUCUUUCAAACUCUAGCUGUUUAUGUUGACAGUCAAGGAAGAAAGAGCAGAGAUCGUGAGAUAAUGUAUCCCGCUGUUCCGACGGCAGUCAGUUAUUGCGAAGGAUAUUUAUUAAUCUACAGCGAAACUCACGUGGAUGUAUUUGACUGCACAACUGGUGAUUGGUUACAAACGCUCAAUGUAAAACGAGCACGUCCAUUAAACAUUUCAGGUUCUCUUACAACUUCUUUGAUCAACGAUAUGCCCUAUGUCAUUCACCUGAGUAAUUUACACCAAAGAGAAUUACUAAAUUUAACACCUGUAGACGGAAGUGGAAGACAAAUAACCAGGCCACGAAGACGAUUUUCACUGCGAGAAGGAAACCGUGGCGUGCGACCGACCGAUCGACGCUCGAAAAUGAUAUCAGCUCCGACGAAUUUCAACCACAUUAGUCACAUGGGUCCUGGCAACGGGAUACAAAUUCAACGAUUGCUAGAUCUCCCGACAACCCUCGAAACCGCUGACCAGCAGCAGUACUCCAGCCACCACAGCGCCUCUCAUUUGCACCAGAACCCGCAGCAACGAUUUUAUGGGCCCGUUCAACCACCCAGCAAACCAGCCCCACUUCCACCUAGACAUCCACCCUCUGAUACUCGUCGACUCAGCUCUCAUAUGUCAAGAAAUUCCGGAUAUUCUCCGCACAAUGGAUCAACAUCUUCAAGACGAGGACCAGCGCCUCCAAGACCAACAGCGACUCCACCAUCAUUGCCCCGAACGCCUGUCGACCAAACAGAGUCCGAAUCGCUGCAUAUGCGUUCGCAUACUCCAUUGUCUCUUGGAAGUAUCGCGUCUUUACAAGACAAAGAUCAUGCUACGGGUGGAAGUCCUCGUCACUCGAUUGCGUCGAACAACAGUUCAAAUCCUUCAACGCCGCCUAGUCCCGCUCACGACCAUGGAUCGUCAUCUUACGACUCUUAAUUAUCUGAAAAAUAAAUAA